CAUCGCCACUACCGUCCUAUACCCGCAGAGGCGUCUUCACAGGUGCGUAAGCGCAGGUAACCGGGCGGGUCCCCGCCACCCCCGCCCGCAGCCCGCCAUCUUGAAUUCCGCUCACUCAUACCCGCGGCCGACUCGCUGCCAGCGCACGUAUACCGACAAGUGAGCGAAUAAAUUCAAUACAAAAAUAGUGUUUUCUGUGAUUUUGUGACAUGUUGUGAUAGUGCAGUGACGAAAUGGAAUCGACGCCGAUCUGUCGGUGCCGCGUGCUUUAUUUGGGCUCUGCGGUGCCGCAACAGAGUAAAGACGGCCUACAAGGCAUCCAGGAACCUUUGCGCGAAUUGUAUCCGGAAAAGGGAGCGACCACCGGCGGCAUAGACUCGUGGCUGUCCGUCUGGUCCAACGGCAUCUUACUGGAGAAUGUCGACGAGAGCGGUUCUAGAGUGGCGAGGUUUUUUCCCAUUUCGAGUCUACAUUAUUGCGCAGCUGUUCGACGAGUGACAGUCGAAGGAGCGCCGAGGUUUUUACCCUUGGACUCGCCCUUCGCUCGGGCGCCAGCUCCUCGACGUCCUCCAUUGUUUGCGGCGGUUUUACGUCGCACUCAGGGCAUUAAAGUCCUAGAAUGUCACGCCUUCAUCUGUCGCCGUGAAGCGGCAGCCAAUGCACUAGUCCGCUGUUGCUUCCACGCGUAUGCAGAUAGUUCUUACGCGAAACGUUUAGAGGCAGAAAGAACUCCACCCCAGAUGCUACCCGAACCUGAAGAGGAAUUGGAAGUGUUCGACGGUGACGAGAAUCACAAAGUGUGGGUCGGAGAGGUGGAACGGGACGAUGCGAGUGAUGAUAUCCCUCAUCCUACCCGAGCGCCACGCCCUCGUCAGAUCACGAGACCCGCGUCGGUGCCGCCGCCACCACCACCCCCUGAGGAGCCCAAAAAGAAGUCGACGACCAAAAAAACGAAGAAGAAAUCCUCCGCUUCAGCGGAUGAAUUGUAUGCGACAAUGCCGGGACCGGCUCCAAUGAUGAAUGGCCGGUCACUGGGACGAGCGCCGCCGGCGUGGGCGGCGCACGGGGCGCACCCGAUGGUGUUGGUGGCCCACCCGGCGGCCACGUUGCCGCACGCCCGGCCUGCCACUCUAGGCCACAGAGGUCGAGUUCCAGCGGCUCUAGCGCCGGGCCCUUUUCCCCCAGGCCCUCCUCCAGGGAGAGGUCGCUUGCAGUACGCUACAGUUGAUCCAAGACGCUCGAAGCCUCCACCCUCUGCCAUGAAAGCAGCUCAGAGUAUGACUGGCUUAGAGGCGGUAGAGGACGCCGGUGGAAUCUAUAGAAAGAAAGGCCAUUUGAACGAGCGCGCAUUUUCGUACAGCAUCCGACAAGAGCACAGAAGCCGGUCACACGGAUCUCUCGCCAACUUAAAGUUCGCAGCUCCUCCUGAGGUGGAGUCUGGUCGCGAGGAACUGAAGAAGGAGCGAGAGAUCAUGCAGCUGGUAGCAGGGUUGCAACUCAGCUCAGACGAGGUUGAGCGUCGCGAGGUACCGCCGCACAUGUUGAGAGCGAGACACGCGCCCAGAUAACACAACGCCAUAACAGCGGCGGUGCCAUCGGAUGAACUGCUUCGGCCAGUUGAGCGAUAUGGAUUAUGCGAAACGAUAUUAUUUACACAACACCAAAUACUAUCUACCUAUAUCAAUGCAGAAGACUUGAGACUAAAGCUGCAAUAGAAAUAUUAAAGGAACUGCAUUUUCGGUCACUAUUAAGAGGAGGCGAUACCAAAAUGCAGCUAUGUUUUAGUCUAUAUAAUAUGAUUUGCAUUGUUGUACCUACAUGAGCUUGGUCACCAAAUUGAGUAAGCUGCAAUAGGUUUAUGUUCGAUUAGUCAUGUCAUGAACUUAAAAAUAAUUUUGGAGUCAUGUCAUAUUUAUUCACCUGCUACAUAUUUUUGAAAACUGUUAAUUUUUUUUAAAUAACAAUUGUGCUGAUAUUGUUUCCUCUAUUACCUACUUACUCUCCAAAAAUUGUCAGUUGUCAUGUAAGGCACGUACAGAAUUGACCAUUAAAACCUCACAAUAGAAUUCACUAACUCAUUAGUAUAGAUACUUUCGUAAAAAGAAAGUAUAAGGAAAAUUAGAAGAUUCUAAAAAAUAUAAAUAAAUAUUCCCACUUUCCAUACGAAUUCCGUCGAAUCCGUAGUUAAUUUGUAGUACCUACGUUUGACCACAGUAAUUGUAGCACUAGGUUUUGACUUCUAUAUGAAGUACAGUACAGCCAAAUGCUAAACAUAAUAGCUUAAUCAUCAUAGAAUCACUGUCACCAUAGGACAAUCUAGCGAUUCGCCUGUAAGCCCAACAUAGGUACCUACUUAGGUGCACAGAAGGUGCGAGGCUUAUAAAUCCAUAAAGUCCAAAAGACCUAGAUGGCGACGGCGGUCUGUGGUCAAAAGUAAUACGCCUUCCUUAUCCUACAUAGUUUUCGAUGACACGUAUAGUUUAGGUCAAUUUACAUAGAAAAGGUACAAUCGGAGUCAAAAGUGUAGGUAUUGACGCGUCUGUUGUCUAUAGUUUCUAAAAACUUUUUGAGAACGGAAUAGAUAUUUAUUACCUUAUUGAAUAAAGCAAACUUCAGCUGAAAGAAUAAAAAUAUUUUCAUUCAUUUUAACGCUUGAAUGUUAUUAAAAACUAUAGGUGAUCGACCAAUCCUUGCGAAAUAUAUCCUGUAUGAACUAAAUAUAAACUAAAUAUAAACCCAUAGUUACUCUCGAUCCGUUUCAGAUCGGCUUUUUGUGUGUUGGACUUUAAGAUCAGCCUUCAUCAUUAGGGCAAAGUUAUUUACAAAUAAUACAGGUAUAAAACGCGCACGUAACGUAUCGUAUUUUAUCGAGCGACAUGGUGACCACGGAUCAUAAUAUGAUCCGUGGUUAUGUUCAAAAUGUCCGUGAAAAACUGUGUUGCGUGCGCGUUUAAUAUCUGAAUUAUUUGUAAAAUAGUACUUAUAAUGCAACGCGGAGUUUUUAUAUAAGGCAAAGAUAGUAUAUGUGAAAAAAAACACAUUUUUAUUUAAUGUAGUUUUAUGUAACGGUUAUUUGGCCAUUAUUGUAUAAACGUUUGUACAAAAUUAGAAUUUUACCUAAGCGUCAACAGUCUUUAAUAAGAUAAGAAUAUUAUAUGGUUAUGUUAACGUUACAUAGGUUGGUAGGCAACGCGAUAACAUAAAAUACCUACCUAAUUUAGAUUUCAAGACUAGGUGGUACCUACCUAAGUACCUACAGGUACUUACGAUUUCUUCUAUUGUUAUUCUCUAACUUAAUUAAGAAGAAUAUAAUUAGAAGGGUAUUUUUAUAACUUCGCGGAAGUAAAUGCAACAGUUUGGAGUUUGGUUUAUAUUUUAAAGUGAAAAUAGAUUUGUUUCCGUUUACAAAAACAUAAACUUUGUGGAUUCUGAUAUUUUUAAGUAAAAAAUUUUACUUACCUAAUCGUAUUCUCGUACUUAUUAGAAACUCAAUUAUGUUUGUCUACUAGUAAUUCUACAUUCAGUAAUACAUAAUCACACUCAAAUGUUCUAAAGAUGGAAUAAGUAAACAAUGAAAUUUAAUUUUAUUUUAGUAUUAGAUUUCGGUAUGUCAAAAUUAGAUGUAUAUUUGCAUUUGUUAUAAUCCAACACCUAAUCUUUUUAAUUAUUUAAUAGAAAUUUAAGAUAAUAAAAUUCCGUACAUAGGUACUUAUACCUACUUAUCUACUUAAUAGAAAUAAAUAUUGUAAAUAAAUUCUUUAUAUACUUAACAUUAUAUUCUAAAAACGAGUUAGUAUAUCCAGAAGUAAUGUAGGCUAUAUGUGCCAUUAAUGUUAUUAUUUUUACGUAUUUAAUGAACGUACCUAAUCGAAAGAACAGUGUAAAUGAUUAAGUAUUAAAAUGUAUAUAAAAUAAACAACAGUUGAAAUAUACUUAAUCAGAAAAAAAACAACGAUGU